CAGCCUUCCUUCUUUCUCCCUGAGUAAAGAUGGCGGACGAGGCGACCCGGCAGGUAGUAGCUGCGUUGCCGUUGCUGAAAACCAACGCCGGUCCGCGGGAUAAGGAGCUGUGGAUCCAGCGGCUGAAGGAGGAGUACCAAGCGCUCAUUAAGUAUGUGGAGAACAACAAGAAUGCCGAUAACGAUUGGUUCAGAUUGGAAUCUAACAAGGAAGGUACCAGAUGGUAUGGGAAGUGCUGGUACAUCCACAAUCUCUUGAAAUAUGAAUUUGCGGUUGAGUUUGAUAUUCCAGUUACUUAUCCAACUACGGCACCAGAAAUCGCUAUUCCAGAACUGGAUGGCAAAACAGCCAAAAUGUACAGGGGAGGCAAGAUAUGCCUGACGGACCAUUUCAAACCCUUGUGGGCUCGGAAUGUACCCAAAUUUGGACUAGCCCACCUCAUGGCUUUGGGGCUGGGACCAUGGCUGGCUGUAGAGAUUCCUGAUCUGAUAUCCAAGGGAUUGAUUGAACACAAGGACAAAUGAAGGCCCUAUCUCACUGAUUCUCUUAAGACCCUCCAGCACGCGGAUCCGAGAUAUUGACUGUCAUAUAUUUCUGUGUCUUAAUUUCUCUCUUGUGGAUUGCUAGCAAAAUUGUGCGUUGUGUCUCUGUAACGAAACAAACAGGGAGGAAAAAAAACCCUGCUGAUCUGUUACCAUUAUUUGGAGUUCACCGAGACGGAUAUGACUCUGUUUAUUUAUUUAAAGGAAAGUACCAGCAUGCCAAUUUUUCAGAGCGCUGGAGACCGCCUUACAUGCCGCUUUUUUUGAAAGUUGUUUUAAAAGUUUAUUGAAAACACAGAAUGCAAAGAACUUAAAACAAGACAGAACGGAUUGACCUCUGCAAUGCAGAGAAAUGUCUCAAGGUUUUCUUUCAAUUUAUGCCAUUAUAAAAAUAGCUGGAUUGUACAAAACGCCCGUGAUCUCAUUUCUGAUUUGCAAAUAAAUUCUUUGGCCUGUAGCUGG